GAUUUUUUUUUCUUUCUUAAAAACUUAAAAAAAAUAAUAAUGAUAACAAUAAAAGAAAUAAAACCAGGGGUAUUUUAAUUAAAAGUUGCUAACAAACUUUUUUUAUCUAUGCCUCGUCUAAGUUCAAAGGAAUGUACGACUUAUUUACGAUAUAUUUUUCUUUCUCUCUUUCCGUGAACUCGCUCGUAAUCUUAAAAAAAAAGAAGAUAAUAAUAAUAAUAAUAAAAAAACAAAUAAAUAAAAAAAAGAAAGAAAGAAAGAAAGAAAGAAAAAAAAUAUCAAUCUCAUUUAAUUAAAGAUUGGUCUUAUCCAUCGUCCUUUAGAACUAACAAAAAACACCUUUCCUUGUCUCCUUGUCUCCAGGGUUCAACAGAACGUACGACUUCGAUGCUCCUGGUGGUAAUGCUCCUCUUCCUCCUGACCGAAAUGCCUCAGGGUCUUCUCACUGGCCUCUCCCUCAUCUAUGGCCCGGAGUUCUUCACCGACUGUUACAUGCAGCUGGCAGACCCGAUGGACCUCCUCGCCCUUAUAAACUCGACCAUCAACUUCGUUCUGUACUGCGCCAUGAGUGUGCAGUUCAGGUACACCUUCGCCAGCAUGUACUGCGGGUGUUGUUCGCGCCGCAAGAGCCUCCACCCCUCUCCCUCCACGAACUGCGCGUCAGUUUCAUAUUACCAUAUUCGAGGGCUUUUGGGAGGUUUUCAUAGAGACGCAGGACGCCGAGCCGAGGGGGAAAUGGAAGCAAGAGACGAACUUGCCAAGGGGGAAAUGGAGUAA